CCUCCCGCACGUGUUUGGUGGAAAAGUAAACCGAGACGAGGCAUCAAACUAAAAACACCCCCGUGUGAACACCUUUUCAACGCAAAAACAACAAAGAUGAAGCUCUGAAGACACAGGGAGUGAGUUCAGUUUUCAACCUUUGGAAAAAAAGCCAUAUCCGGCAGCGCAGGUAGCAGGUUUUAGUCAUGUCUCUGUAUAUGAAAGCGGCUGAGAUCCUGGAGAAAGCGGAGAGGAAACAGGCUGCCCUGAAAACUCUGGUCUACGACAGCAAGUUCCCGAAGAUCAAGCAGCUGUUCGCGCUGGUGUGUGAGACGCAGAGGUUUUCUCCCGUCCUGCAGGAGCUCAUCGAGUCCUCCAAGCUGCUCAAGCUCACCAAGAUGAGCCUGCACCUGGCCAUGGUGCUGGUGUACGACACGGUGCUGGGCCGGGGCCUGAAGUGCGGCGGCUCCUGGAAGGCCAUGAUGAUGAAGCACCGACCCAGGCUGCAGUCGGAGCUGGCUCGCAUGAAGGUGAAGAAGAAUGUCAGCAGGAACGAGGACCUGCUCCCAGCCGGGGCCCAGCAUCCUGCAGGGAAUAAGCUGCCCAGGUAUGCGCGUGUGAACACACUGAAGACCACGGUGGAGGAUGCUGUGGAUUACCUGAAGAGGGACGGCUUCAAUUACCUGGGAGAGGCCGUCAGGCUGACGGACUUGGACCUGAAGCAGAAGAGCUUUGUGAGGGACCUGCACCUACCAGAGGUCUUGGUUUUCCCACCCAAAACAGAUUUCCACGACCACUUCCUGUAUAAAGCGGGUCACAUCAUUCUGCAGGACAAAGCCAGCUGUCUCCCUGCCCAUCUCCUCAACCCUCCCGUUGGCAGCCAUGUCCUUGAUGCAUGCGCUGCUCCUGGCAACAAAACCAGCCACCUGGCAGCCCUCAUGAAGAACAAAGGCAAGCUGUUUGCAUUUGAUUUGGACACCAAGCGCCUGGCCACCAUGGCUACUCUGCUGCUCAGAGCAGGGGUCACCUGUCAGCAGCUGGCAAACCAGGACUUCCUGAAGGUGGACCCUGACAGCCCGCUGUAUAAAGAUGUUGAAUAUAUGCUGCUGGAUCCCUCCUGCAGUGGCUCAGGUAUGGUGUGCCUCGGGGACAGCUCAGCCGACCAGGAGAAGGACAAGGCCCGCCUGGCGUCCUUGGCAUCCUUCCAGCUGCGGUGCCUGAACCACGGCCUCCGGUUCCCCCGCCUGAAGAGACUGGUCUACUCCACCUGCUCCGUCCACAGCCAGGAGAACGAGGAUGUCGUGACCGCGUGUCUGCAGCAGAACCCCGGCUUCAGGUUGGUUUCUCUGCUGCCUCAGUGGCCUGAGCGAGGCUUGGAGCCACUCUCGCAGUGUUUGCGUGCCAGCACCACCAAGACCCUCACACAUGGCUUCUUUGUAGCCCUGCUGGAAAAACACAGCAAGCCUGUGGCAACGCAGCAGCAGCCGCCUGAUCAGACGAGAGCUGCUGAAGAGGAGAAACCUGCACUUUCACAUGAAGAGUCUGAAGCCUCAGACACAGAAGACAGAUGCAUCCCAGCAGCAGGACAGACUGACGCUGGACCUAGCAAGAAGAAGAAGAGAAAAAAGAGAAACAAAAAGCAGAAGGUGGCUACACCAGAGUAAAAUUCAUGACAGGACGGACUACUGCAGAAUAUUGGAUGGAAGCAAUGCUGUAUGGUUUUAUAAUAGAUGUAUGAAGUAAAGAUAAUUUCUUUAACUACA